CUUUGACCAGUAGGUGGCGAGCGUCUAAUGGUUCCCAUUUAGAACUACAGAAAGUCUCUGCCGCUCCGGCCUUGCGGCGUAGAGUCUCUUCGAACGUACUCAGACAUGGAGCGAGGCCGGGACAAGGGCGAGAUCCUGGCAAGCAAAGCUCUCUCGAAGUACAUAUUGGAGACGAAUGCAUAUCCGAGAGAGCACGAGCAGCUGAAAGAACUCAGGGAGGCCACAGUCCAGAAGUACCAAAUCCGGAGUAUAAUGAACGUGCCGGCUGACGAGGGGCAGCUAAUCUCCAUGAUGUUGAAGCUCAUGAAUGCGAAGAAGACGAUCGAGAUCGGAGUCUUCACCGGCUGUUCUCUUCUCACCACCGCACUUGCACUUCCGGCCGAUGGCAAGAUAAUAGCGAUAGACCCGGAUAAGGAGGCCUAUGAAAUUGGCCUACCAUAUAUCCGAAAAGCUGGAGUUGAUCAUAAGAUCAACUUCAUCCAGUCGGAUGCUUUCUCGGUUCUAAAUGACCUUGUCGCGGAUAGCCAAGAAAAGGGAACCUUUGAUUUUGCUUUUGUGGAUGCCAAGAAGGAUGACUACAUGAAAUACCACGAGCUGGUGCUCAAGUUGGUGAAGGUCGGAGGAGUGAUGGGGUACGACGACACACUGUGGUUCGGUGCGGUCGCGCUCUCCGAAGACGACGAGAUGAACGACCACCUGAGGCUCCGGAGAGGCCAACUCAUGGAGUUCAAUAGCUUCUUGGCGAAGGAUCCGCGUAUUGAGUGCUGUCUUCUUUCCGUCGGAGGUGGCCUCACGCUCUGUAGGCGCCUCUUUUAGAAGCCUUCUUUGUACAGUGCUGGUCCAGUCCGGUCCCUGUGGGAAACGGUCUAGAAGGAAGAGACUACAAGGAUCUUAGAGAGUAAUUGGACUCCUGGUUUGUAGAAUUUCAUACUCGAUUUGCACCCGAGAGUUACUCGGGAAGUAGCGGAAGUUCGACCGUACUUGUAAUCGACAGUCUUACGGACUUCCAAUUAUAUCAUCCACGCUGCAAAUUAACGGACAGAUUCCCCAUCAAA